AUGCCUCCUGGAUAUCAACCGCCUAAGUUUCAACAGUUCGAUGGGAAAGGUAGUCCAAAACAACAUGUGGCUCAUUUUGUCGAAACUUGCAAUAACGCUGGAACUUAUGGUGACCUGUUAGUCAAACAGUUUGUUCGAUCCUUGAAGGGCAACGCAUUUGAUUGGUACACUGAUCUCACGCCGGGGUCCAUCGACAGUUGGGGACAGCUGGAGCAAGAAUUCUUGAAUCGCUUCUACAGCACUAGAAGAACCGACAGACUGUCUGAACCCUCUGCCAUAGAAAUGUGCAUCCGGGGAAUGCAUUGGAGCCUAAGCUACAUUCUACAGGGUAUACGUCCAAACACGUUUGAAGAAUUAGCUACUCGUGCUCAUGACAUGGAGUUAAGCAUCACGGCCAAUGCAACCGAUGGGUUUCCUAUUCAAGCUCCGCGAGUGCAGCCAUCUCGUCAAAGCAAUGACAGGCAAGAAAAUAAAAAAGGGGGCAAGCCUCCUUCAAAACUCAGUAAUAAGGAGUCCAUGACAAUAAAUACAGCUCCCAUGAAAAUUGCUACCAAAGUGAGCCGAAAGGUCACUGAGAAGUUGGAUCCAUAUCAAAAUAGGUCAAUAAGAAGACCCACGUUAAAAGAGAUGCAAGAAAAAGAAUACCCAUUUCUUGAAUCUGAUUUACAAGGGAUGUUUGAUGACCUUUUCAAGGAGAAACUCCUUGAACUUCCUGAAAUGAAGCGCCCAGAGGAAGCCGGUCAAGUCAAUGAUCCAAACUAUUGCUGUUAUCAUCGCCUGAUUGGCCACCCUCUCACUAAAUGCUUUGUCUUUAAAGAUAAAAUUAUGAAAUUGGCACGUCAAGGAAAGAUCCUUCUCGAGGAAGAUAAAGUAUCGGCAAACCAAACAACAAUAAUGUUUGGGUCUGUGUGUUGUCCGAUAGAAGUUUUAGCCAUAACAAGCAGUGCUUCGUCCAAGGAGGUUGAAAAAUCCUCAAUUGAAGACGUUAUUGAAGAUGACAACGAAUGA